AUGGACGAUUCCACUGGUUCCCAUCUGUCUGUCGUCGUAGACUUGUCCCCGACUCAAUGGCAUCUUUCUGGUCAUUCCUCCAACGCAUAUCCCCUUGCCCUCAACUCUUUUCUUUCCCAGCUACUCGUUUUUCUCAACGCCCACUUGGCCUCUAAGCAUGAAAAUACCCUUGCUGUCUUUGGUGCCCUUCCCGGCAAGAGCGUCAUGCUCUAUUCUUCAAUUGACCAGGAAGUUGGCGCCACGAUGCAAAUGGAUUCUAAUUCAUAUCUAGCCUUCAAAAUGGUUGAUUCGGCUAUCGUUCGAAGCAUCAGAGACGAGCUAGAUGUGCUCAUGGACGACGAAGAGGAAGCGCCUUGUGGUCUGGUCGGAGCGUUGACUAAGGCCCUUUGCUACGUUAACAGGGUGGCCCUUGCGUCAACAUCCGACAACUCCUCUCAAUCUCUCGAGGCCGGCAGUUCUACCGACCCUCGGAUCCUCAUCUUGUCCGUAUCUCCGGAUCUUACUACGUCUUACAUUCCCAUUAUGAAUGCCAUCUUCUCGGCUCAGAAACUGAAGGUAGCCGUUGACGCUUGCCAGAUAUACGGCACGGACUCCGUAUUUUUACAGCAGGCUGCACACUUGACCGGAGGCUCGUACAUAUCUCUGGAGCGACGGGAUGCGCUUCUUCAAUACCUGAUUAUGUCGUUUCUCUCCCCACCUUCUAUUCGAAAGGUGUUGUCUGUCCCCACACAAGACAGAAUCGACUUUCGUGCGGCCUGCUUCUGUCACAAGAACAUAAUCGACAUCGGUUUCGUGUGUUCGGUGUGCCUCUCUAUAUUUUGUCAGCCAGUACCGGUGUGUUCGACCUGCCGAACAAAAUUUCCGAUCAAAACAUUGCAACGACUGAAUGCAGCAAAGCCCCUCUUGGCGCAAUCCAAUGGCUCGGUCGAGCGCACACCCUCUUCCAGUCAGCCACCAACUCCGAGCCACUCAGGUUCUGUAGCUCCUUUCUCCGGCCACAAUGGAAAUACAUCAUAUCAAUCACUCCAUAGCGCCUCUAUUGGACAAGGCAACAGCAAUGGGACUAAUGGCGCGAGACAAGGACCUGGCUAAGAGACGACUGUAUCGCUCUCACAAUCCAUCAUCUAUAUCACUUUCACAGUGACCAAGCCGUGAUAUAUACCAAAGGACGUUUGCAACCCGCAUCUUUCUCACGGGGCCGCCGAAGUACGAGGCUCUAUUAACGAUCAGUUAGGCAUGUUUUCAUGGUAAUAGGGUUCUACUUUUGGAUUCGGAUUGGACGGCGAAAUGUAAGCAAUAGCCAUGCUCGCUGUUGUGAAGGCACACCAUAGCCGCACGCUCCUGGACUUUCC